CACAAACACUGCAUUGCAAGCUGCAGCAGAGUCGGACUUUACACCCGGAAUGGUGUUUGAUUACUCGGUUGACUCCACCAAGAUGAUCCAGACAUCUAUCAAUGCGGCAGUGGAACGCAUUCAAGAAUUCCACGCGCUAGACAAGAUCAUUGAGGACUCUUCAAAGUUCAAUAAGCUCUUUGGCGUAGCUAGAGCUAAGGAUCAAGCACUUCUUAGCGACCUGAAGAACAAUUGCAUCCGAAGCGAGCUAGCGUCCAAAAAAAGUACAAGGGAGGGUGGCAGAUAUUACAAAGCGC